AUGCUCAUUAACUUCUCCUCUGCUCGAGUAUAUGGGGAAUUUGAAUUCUACCUUGCCUUUGUCAAAAUCGCUCUGAUAGUUUGCUUCGUUAUCGCUGGUAUACUUUUAGACCUCGGUGGUCUUCCCGGUCAAACAUAUGUUGGAUUUGAAUAUUGGUCUGAACCAUACACAUUAUUUCGUGAAUAUAUAGCCACCGGACUUCAGGGACGCUUUCUCGGUUUCUGGUCGGCAAUGAUAUCUGCCACUUUUGCCUACGGAAAUGUUCAAGUGGUGGCGAUAGCUGGAGCAGAAACUAGUAAUCCUAGGAAAUCAAUACCUGCAGCCCUCAGAAAAACAUUUGCUCGCGUCAUUUUCUUUUAUGUCGCCUCGGUUCUAGUGAUUUCCCUUCUGAUACCAGCCAACGAUCCCCGCUUGUAUCUCCCUACAGGGGACGUUACUCACAGCCCUUUUGUCAUUGCUUUUAAUAGAGCAGGAAUCAAAGUAAGUCCCUGUUUCAUCGAAUCACCUUCCUCUAUUGAAAUUGUAUUCACAUCUGCUUUCAGUGCCGGUAAUGCGUGUACAUUUUUAUCUUCACGCACCCUUCGAGGCCUUGCCCUUGAUGGUAACGCCCCCGCCGCCUUCACCAAGCUAAACCGCUUUGGAAUUCCUUACGUGGCUGUGGCCGUCUCUGGGUUAUGGGGUGCAGUCGCCUAUACAAGCUUGAAUCAAGGAUCUUUCAAGCACUGGUUGAAGGACUCUGCACAAGACUUGGAGACCAUUGACAUAGCUUCCGAAUUGGUGUUGAUCGAGCACGAAAAAGAACACCAAUCUCGGCAGGAAUGCAACCAUAAGGCGUCGGCGUACGAUAGAUUCCUUAAUUCUAUUUUCUAG